AUGAAGAAGGGCAAAAAGAAGAAGACAGAGUCCAAACGCCGUGGCUCCAACUCACGGCGCUGUAGCUCUGAUUCCACCUCACGGCAGCCCAGCGUGCGGUCUACCCCACAUCAGUCCAGCGUGGAGUCCACCCCACCGCAGAACAGCUUGUCAUGCACCCCUCAGCAGCAUAGGAGCUCUGAGUUUACCCCCCAGCAGCCCACCUCGGGGUGCACCCCCCAGCAGCAGCAACAGAGCUCUGAGCCCACCCCCCAGCAGCCCUGCUCAGAGUCCACCCCCCAGCAGCCCAUCUCGGGGUCCACCCCACAGCAGCCCAAUGUGGGCUCCGUUGCACAGAGGCCUGUGAUCCGGGCCCUCCCAGCUCCCCAAACCAGCCAGUCAGCUCAGGGCCUGCUGACUCCGAACACUGGCACAAAAACAUCCCAUGGAUCCAAGAAAGCAGAAUCUCUUCCUUUUCCAGUCCAAAAAAAGCAUCCAUCAUGGGCAGGUCUCAGCAGGAAGUGUGCUGAGUUUGCCAAGGUUGACCACUGUCCUCACGGAGCUUUGGCUGGAAGAAUCCACAUCAUCAGGAAGCCAGGACAGAGGUAG